AUGGCUAUUGCUGAGAAUAUGAAGGAAAGCGAUUUUCUUCUUUCUGAUUUCUAUUUAUUUAUUAAUUGGAAUUGUGGUUUGCAGUUUAGACAGAUUAUUUCCCACUUAAAUUUCCCACUUUAUUGUAAUAUUGACGAGAAGCGAGCGGAGGAGCGCGUUCGCUUUGUUAUGGCAAACGCACCUUUUCGAUUUCGGCAUCCUUCCGGAUGUUUGCAAGAAGAUUUUGAGACACGCAAGAUUAAUAGUGUGACUGGAUUAGAGCGUUUAGCAUCACAAACACAAUUAGAUGCGCUUUUCCGACGACGUCGACGGGAAGAAUUAGAACGAUUAAUUGAAGAGCAGAGACGAGUACAACUCGAAAUUCAAGAAGAAAUCGCACUUUCAUCUCAUUACGAAAGUCUUGAUUACGAAAUUGUCGAGAAUGAAUUAUAUCGUACUCAAGAAAAAGAACCUGGUCAUCAGCGUAGAUUAUUUCGUCAGUCGGUGAACCGCUGGGUUGUUUGUUUUUUUAUUGGUUUAUUUACUGCACUGGUAGCAGCCAUGGUCGAUAUCUUGAUACAUUACAGUAAUACUGUUAAAUUCCAGUUAAUAAUUAAACAUCUAAGUAAAAACUGUGAAAAUGCUGGACAGAAUGGCAAAUGUUUUUUGAAAGUUGAAGCAGCGUGGAUUUGUUAUAAUUGUAUGCUAGUUGCAGUCUCUGCAUUUCUCGUGUUGUAUAUAUCUCCAGUAGCUGCUGGAUCAGGAAUACCUCAAGUGAAAUGCUUUUUAAAUGGGAUACAAAUACCGGGUGUUGUACGAUUAAAAACUUUGAUCGCCAAAGCUUUUGGAGUUGCUUGUACUGUGGGUGGUGGCCUUAGUGCAGGAAAGGAAGGCCCAAUGAUCCAUUCCGGAUCAAUCAUCGCAGCUGGUAUAUCACAAGGAAGAUGUAUGUCAUUUCCAGUGGACUUCCAUAUCUUCGAAGAAUUUCGCAGUGAUCGUGAGAAGCGUGAUUUUGUUAGCGCAGGUGCAGCAGCAGGUGUUGCAGCCGCUUUUGGUGCCCCAAUCGGUGGCGUAUUGUUCAGUCUUGAAGAAGGUGCAAGUUUUUGGAAUCAGAAUCUUACAUGGAGAAUGUUUUUUGCCGCAAUGAUAUCUUCUUUCACUCUUAAUUUAUCUCUCAGUAUUUUUAAUGGUGUUGGCGGAUUUUUGUCCUGGAAUGGGCUGGCAAAUUUCGGCGUUUUUACGAAUAUAAAUUAUAAUGUUUGGGAAAUUCCAAUAUUUCUUUUGAUUGGAGUUUUGGGAGGUCUGACUGGCGCACUUUUCAACUGCAUCAAUCUGAAAUUAUCGAAGUUCAGAAAAAGAUAUUUGGCGAAUAAUUUCAGUAAAUUUUUCGAAUGUAUUUUGGUAGCCUCUUUCUCAGCAUGUGUUGGAUUUACUACUCUUCGUCUGGUUGAUGACUGUCAACCAAUGGGUAUAAAUCCAAAAUUGACCGCGGUGAAUCGACUGUGGUGCCCAGAAGGUCAGUAUAGUGCCGUCGCCAAUCUUUUAUUUCAGAGUCCAGAACAAAGUGUAAAAAGUUUAUUUCAUAGUCCAGUCCGUAAGUGUUUGCUUUUAUAUUUAUUUAUUUGUAUUAUUUAA